AUGUCGGACCAGGCGCCCAAAGUUCCCGAGCAGAUGUUCAGGGAGGUCAAGUACUACGCGGUGGGCGACAUCGACCCACAGGUUAUUCAGCUUCUAAAAGCUGGGAAAGCUAAGGAAGUGUCGUACAAUGCACUCGCCUCACACAUCAUUUCAGAAGACGGGGACAAUCCGGAGGUGGGAGAAGCUCGGGAAGUCUUUGAUUUGCCUGUAGUCAAGCCUUCUUGGGUGAUUCUGUCCGUUCAGUGUGGAGCUCUUCUGCCAGUAAAUGGCUUUUCUCCAGAGUCAUGUCAGAUUUUCUUUGGAAUCACUGCCUGCCUCUCUCAGGUGUCCCCUGAGGACAGAAGCGCCCUGUGGGCUAUGCUCACCUUCCAUGGCGGGGGCUGCCAGCUGACUCUCGACAAGAAGUGCACGCACCUGGUUGUUCCAGAACCAAAGGGGGAGAAAUAUGAAUGUGCUUUAAAGAGAGCAAGCAUUAAAAUCGUGACGCCCGACUGGGUCCUGGAUUGCAUAUCUGAGAAGACUAAGAAGGACGAAGCCCUUUACCAUCCUCGCCUCAUCGUUUAUGAGGAGGAAGAGGAGGAGGAGCACGAGGAACCGGAGUCCCCGGAGGAGGCCAGCGCGGGGGAGAGGUCCAGCCCCGCCAGCUCUCAGGACGGCUCCCCCUCGGGCGGCCAGCAGCUCUCACCCAAGUCGAACGCUGAAAAAUCCAAAGGGGAGUUGAUGUUUGACGAUUCUUCAGAUUCGUCACCUGAGAAACAGGAGAGGAAUUUAAACUGGACCCCCGCGGAGGCCCCGCACUUAGCGGCAGCGAAGCGCAGGCUGCCUCCUGGCCAGGAGCCCGGGUUAAUUAACUUGUGUGCCAACGUGCCGCCCGUCCCAGGGAACGUCCUGCCCCCCGAGGUCCGCGGUAACUUAAUGGCUUCAGGACAAAGCCUCCAGAGUUCCGAAAGGUCAGAGAUGAUAGCCGCUUGGAGUCCAGCUGUGCGGACGUUGCGAAAUAUCACUAAUAAUGCUGACAUUCAGCAGAUCAGCCGGCCGGCCAACGUAGCACAUAUCUUACAGUCCCUCGCAGCUCCGACAAAGACCUUAGAGCAGCAGGUGAACCACAGCCAGCAGGGCCAUGCGAACGCAGCGCUGCUCAGCCAGGCGAAAGUGACCCUGGAGCCACAUCUGUCGCCGCCGGCCCCGCCGCCCGUCCUGCACCUGCCACCCCAGCAGGCCCUGCAGCUCCAGCAGCAGCCUUACCCGCCGCCGCCGCAUCCGUUUCGGCCGCCACCGCAGGCCCACCAGCCUCAGUUACCCCCGCAGCAGCAGGCGCUGCAACACCAGCUUGCACACUUGCAACAGCUCCAGCGCCUGCACCAGCAGCAGCAGCAGAUGCAAAUGCAGACGCCCCAGGCCCUGCCGUGCCAGCCGCAGCGCCAGCUGUUCGGACACGACCCAGCAGUGGAGAUUCCAGAAGAAGGCUUCUUACUGGGAUGUGUGUUUGCAGUUGCGGAUUAUCCAGAGCAGAUGUCUGACAAACAGCUGCUGGCCACAUGGAAAAGGAUAAUCCAGGCGCACGGAGGUGCCGUGGACCCCACGUUCUCGAGCCGCUGCACACACCUGCUCUGUGAGAGUCAAGUGAGCGGGCUGUUCGCACAGGCGGUGAAGGAGCGGAAGAGGUGCGUCACGGCGCACUGGCUGAACGCGGUGCUGAAGAGGAAGCGGCUCGUGCCGCCCCAUCGGGCCCUGCACUUCCCCGUGGCCUUCCCGCCCGGGGGCAGGCCGUGCUCCCAGCACAUUAUUUCUGUGACUGGAUUUGUUGACAGCGACAGGGAUGACCUGAAGUUAAUGGCUUACUUGGCAGGUGCCAAGUACACGGGCUAUCUCUGCCGCAGCAACACAGUUCUCAUCUGUAAAGAACCAACUGGUUUAAAGUACGAGAAAGCCAAAGAGUGGAGGAUCCCGUGCGUGAACGCCCAGUGGCUGGGAGACAUCCUCCUGGGGAACCUGGAGGCCCUGCGGCAGAUUCAGUACGGCCGCUACACCACCUUCAGUCUGCAGGACCCCUUCGCCCCGGCUCCGCACUUGGUUUCAAACCUUCUGGAUGCUUGGAGAGUUCCAUUGAAAGUGUCAGCAGAGUUGCUGAUGGGUGUACGACUACCUCCCAAACUGAAGCAGAAUGAAGCAACUAAUAUCCAGCCCUCUUCCAAAAGAGCCAGAAUUGAAGAUCUACCACCUCCCACUAAGAAGUUAACACCAGAAUUGACCCCUUUUGUGCUUUUCACUGGAUUUGAGCCUGUUCAAGUUCAACAGUACAUUAAGAAGCUCUACAUUCUUGGUGGGGAGGUCGCUGAGUCUGCGCAGAAGUGCACCCACCUCAUCUCCAGCAAGGUGACGCGCACCGUGAAGUUCCUGACGGCCGUCUCCGUGGUGAAGCACAUCGUGACUCCGGAGUGGCUGGAGGAGUGUUUCAGGUGUCAGGAGUUCAUUGACGAGCAGAGCUACGUUCUCCGAGACGCCGAGGCCGAGGUGCUUUUCUCCUUCAGUCUGGAGGAGUCCCUGAGGAGGGCACGCGUGUCUCCGCUCUUUAAGGCGAAAUAUUUUUACAUCACUCCUGGAAUCUGCCCGAGUCUUUCAACUAUGAAAGCGAUUGUGGAAUGUGCAGGAGGGAAAGUACUGUCUAAACAACCGUCUUUCCGGAAACUCAUGGAACAUACGCAAAAUAAGAGUUUGUCAGAAAUAAUUUUAAUAUCCUGUGAAAAUGACCUUCACUUGUGUCGAGAAUAUUUUGCCAGAGGAAUAGAUGUUCAUAAUGCAGAGUUUGUUCUAACUGGAGUGCUCACACAAACACUGGACUAUGAAUCAUAUCCUUUUGAAAGAUGUGUGGUGCAGAAACCCUCUCAGCACUAA